AUGGAUAGCAAGGAGUUACUACGGUGUGAACAGAUGGCAGUGAGGGUGGCCAUAGAGGCCGGUGCGAUGAUAAAGAGCGGGUCGGGACGUAAAAAGCAAAUCACUGAAAAGGAGUCAAAAGUAGAUUUGGUGACCGAAACGGAUAAAUCAGUCGAAAGCUAUAUAUUCAGUGAAUUUAAGACACAUUUCCCUAAACACCGAUUCAUUGGCGAAGAGUCGAGGGGUAGGGAUGAGAGGGGACUGACACCGGAGCCCACGUGGAUCAUAGACCCCAUCGACGGCACCAUGAAUUUCAUACACAACUUUCCCUACACCUGUGUGUCCAUAGCGCUGUCGGUGGACAGGGAGCCAGUGAUCGGCGUAGUCUACAACCCAUUCCUCGACAAACUCUAUACCGCACGCAAAGGGUCGGGCGCUAAGUGUAACGGCGCGCCCAUUCAUGUGCGCCGGAACUGCCAGACCCUAAGCGACGCACUGGUAAUCAGUGAGUUGGGUGCGCACAGGGAUCCCGAGAAACAGAGGGCAGUCCUGCGUAACAUAGAGGCCAUCGGAUGGCAGUGUCAUGGCUUCCGGAACAUGGGUUCGGCGGCACUACAGCUCUGUUGUAUUGCCGAGGGCUGUGCCGACGCCUUCUGGCACUUUGGUAUUCACGUGUGGGAUAUGGCGGCCGCCGGACUCGUACUGCAAGAGGCCGGGGGUGUUGUGUUGGACACCCAGGGAGGCCCUAUAGACUGGAUGAAUAGGCGUGUGUUAGGCGCGUGC